CGGCGGCGGCGGCGGCGGCGGCGGGGGCAGCGGCAGCCCCGGAGCCGCAGCAAGGACUCCGCGGGCUGACGCGCGGCGGCGGCGGCGGCGGCAGCCACACAGAGUGCGCAGGGCGCGGCGGCCGGAGCCCGGGGCCCGCCAUGGGCCGCCCCGAGCGGGGCGCGCUCCGGCCGCUGGCGCUGCUGCUGCUGCUGCUGCUGCUCCGACCUCAGCAUCUUGCGGCGGCAGCGGAUCCACUGCACGAUAGCCAAGGGCUGGUCAAGGAAUGCGAAGAGAACCAGUUCCGGUGCCAGAACAAGCGCUGCAUCCCCUCUGUGUGGAGAUGCGAUGAGGACGAUGACUGCUUGGACAACAGCGACGAGAACGACUGCCCCAAGAAGACCUGCACGGACAGCGACUUCACCUGUGACAACGGCCACUGCAUCCCCGAGCGGUGGAAGUGCGAUGGCGAGGAGGAGUGUUCCGAUGGCUCCGAUGAGUUCGAGGCCACUUGCACAAAACAGGUGUGUCCUGCAGAGAAGCUGAGCUGUGGACCCACCAGCCACAAGUGUGUGCCCGCCUCGUGGCGCUGUGACGGGGAGAAGGACUGCGAGAGCGGAGCGGACGAGGCUGGCUGUGCCACCUUGUGCGACCCGCACGAGUUCCAGUGCAGCAACCGCUCGUGCCUGGCCGCUGUGUUCGUGUGCGAUGGCGACGACGACUGUGGCGACGGCAGCGACGAGCGCGGCUGCUCCGGGCCGGCCUGCGGGCCCCGCGAGUUCCGCUGCGGCGGCGAGGGUGGCGCCUGCAUCCCCGAACGCUGGGUCUGCGACCGCCAGUUCGACUGCGAGGACCGCUCGGACGAGGCGGCCGAGCUCUGCGGCCGCGCCGGCCCCGGGGCCACGUCCACACCCGCCGCCUGCGCUGCCGCCCAGUUCCCCUGCCGCAGCGGCGAGUGCGUGCACCUGGGCUGGCGCUGCGACGGCGACCACGACUGCAAGGACAAGUCGGAUGAGACCGACUGCCCACUGGGGACCUGUCGUGGGGAUGAAUUCCAGUGUGGGGAUGGGACCUGUGUCCCUUCAAUCAAGCGCUGCAACCAGGAAGAGGACUGUCCGGACGGGAGUGAUGAAGCUGGCUGCCUAAAGGAACCGACAUGUGAGGGCCCCCGCAGAUUUCAGUGUAAGAGUGGAGAGUGCGUGGACGGCGGGAAAGUGUGUGAUUCUCAGAGGGACUGCCGGGACUGGUCAGAUGAGCCUCUGAAAGAGUGUGUUAUGCCAACAUCCCGGGGAAACAGGAGGAGGCCCAGGGGUAAAAGGGAACAUUCCCUAAGCAUGGCUCAGGCUGGAGGGCUGAAUGAGUGUCUGCACAACAAUGGCGGCUGCUCCCACAUCUGCACUGACCUCAAGAUCGGCUUUGAGUGCACCUGCCCCGCGGGCUACCGGCUCCUGGACCAGAAGACCUGUGGCGACGUUGACGAGUGCGAGGACCCCGAUGCCUGCAGCCAAAUCUGUGUCAAUUACAAGGGCUACUUUAAGUGCGAGUGCCACCCUGGCUACGAGAUGGACACACUGACCAAGAACUGCAAGGCUGUCGCUGGCAGAAGCCCGUCCCUGAUCUUCACCAACCGGCACGAAGUGCGGAGGAUAGACCUGGUGAAGCGGGACUACUCGCGCCUCAUCCCCAUGCUCAAGAAUGUCGUGGCGCUGGACGUCGAAGUUGCCACCAAUCGCAUCUACUGGUGUGACCUCUCUUACCGCAAGAUCUACAGCGCCUACAUGGACAAGGCCAGUGACCCGGCGGAGCAGGAGGUCCUCAUCGACAAGCAGCUGCACUCUCCGGAGGGCCUGGCGGUGGACUGGGUCCACCAGCACAUCUACUGGACGGACUCGGGCAACAAGACCAUCUCCGUGGCCACCGUCGAUGGUGGCCGCCGCUGCACUCUUUUCAGCCAUGACCUCAGUGAACCCCGGGCCAUCGCUGUUGACCCCCUGCGAGGGUUCAUGUACUGGUCUGACUGGGGGUACGAGGCCAAGAUCGAGAAGUCUGGGCUCAAUGGUGCGGACCGGCAGACACUGGUGUCAGACAGUAUCGAGUGGCCCAAUGGAAUCACCCUGGACUUGCUGAACCAGCGUUUGUACUGGGUGGACUCCAAACUGCACCAGCUGUCCAGCAUCGACUUCAGCGGAGGCAACAGGAAGAUGCUGAUUUCCUCCCCGGACUUUCUGAGCCACCCUUUUGGGAUAGCUGUGUUUGAGGACAAGGUGUUCUGGACGGACCUGGAGAAUGAGGCCAUUUUCAGUGCAAAUCGGCUCAAUGGCCUGGAAAUCUCCAUCCUAGCUGAGAACCUCAAUAACCCACAUGACAUUGUCGUCUUCCAUGAGCUGAAGCAGCCGAGAGCUGCCGACGCCUGUGAGCUGACCGCCCAGCCCAAUGGAGGCUGCGAGUACCUGUGCCUUCCUGCUCCUCAGAUCUCCGGCCACUCUCCCAAGUACACGUGUGCCUGUCCUGACACCAUGUGGCUGGGCCCGGACAUGAAGAGGUGCUACCGAGCACCUCAAUCUACCUCAACCACGAUGUUAGCCUCUACCACGACGAGGACAGUGUCCGACUCCACAGGAGCCCCGGGGACCCCCGCCCACAGCCCCAUGGACCAGAACCACAGCACCGAGAAACCAAGCCUGGCAGCUGCAGUCCCAAGCUCUGUUAACGCCCCCAGGGCUUCCAGCGUUGGCCCCUCCACCCCAAGCCCUGCAACCAGCAACCACUCCCAGCACUAUGGGAACGAAGGCAGCAAGAUGGGCUCAACAGUCACCGCCGCCGUCGUCGGGGUCCUUGUGCCCAUGGCGGUGAUAGCCCUCCUGUGCAUGAGUGGCUACCUGAUCUGGAGAAACUGGAAGCGGAAGAACACCAAAAGCAUGAACUUUGACAACCCAGUGUACAGGAAAACGACAGAAGAAGAGGAUGAAGAUGAGCUCCACAUAGGGAGGACUACUCAGAUUGGCCAUGUCUAUCCUGCAGCAAUCAGCAGCUUUGAUCGCCCACUGUGGGCAGAGCCCUGUCUUGGGGAGACCAGAGAACUGGAAGACCCAGCCCCUGCCCUCAAGGAGCUUUUUGUCUUGCCGGGAGAACCAAGGUCACAGCUGCACCAACUCCCGAAGAACCCUCUUUCCGAACGGCCUGUCGUCAAGUGCAAGCGAGUGGCGCUGAGCCUGGAAGACGACGGACUGCCCUGAGGACAGGACCGCUCCCCGUGUGCCUCCCGGGAUUCAGUUCCAUGCACUACGCUCUCCGGAUGUUGUGUGCCUGAGUGGACGGGUGUAUGGGUCUGUGUGUGCGCGCGUGUGUGUGUGUGUGAGAUUUAUUUUCUAAUUUAUGUUGCAGAAAGGUAACCACAAAGUUAUGAUGAACUGCAAACAUCCAAAGGAUGUGAGAGUUUUUAUAUGUAUAAUGUUUUAUACACUUUUUACCUGGUUGCACUACCCAUGAGGAACUCAUGGAACGGCUACUGCUGAGUGACUAACGUGACAUACAGAACCAAACGGGGCCGACGGGACAGCAGCUCACUCAUCAUUUAAAAACUAUGUCUACAGAGAGAGUAUUUGAUUUGGGGGAUUUUUUAGGUUUUGGAGUUUUGGGGGUUUUUUUGUACAUAAAAAUGAUUAUGCUUUGUGGCUAUCCAUCAACAUAAAAAAAAGAAAAAAAAAAAACACUUCAACUCCCUCCCCAAUUUAGAUUAUUUAUUAACCAACUUCAAAAAUAAGAUUAGUUCUAUAAAUGAGUUAGAGACGUGAGAGUAUUUAUUCUGGGUGUGACUGGCCCACCACACAGACUGUGUGCGUCUGUGUUGUGUGUGUGUGUGUGUGUGUGUGUGCAAGAGAAGAAUCUAGAGCAGCGGCACACCUGUGGCUGUGGUUCACGUACAGAUAGAUAGAUAUAUGUUAAAGAGGAUAUCUGUAGAGUUCAGAGAAGCCUUCGGAAAUUUGACUCAGAAGACAGAUACCAAGGAGCGUGCAAACCUGUAGUGGAAGCGGCAGAAUCUUUCCACCUCUGGCUAUUCUUGGGAUCCCAGUCAGUCAGGAAAAGCCCUUCAGCUCACCCGUGGCUCUGUGACUCCUACCUGCGCUCUCUCCCAUGUGGGCAAGGCCAGCAUGCAGACUUUACACAGUGCCCGAGGUUCUCGUGAGCUCAGGUGAGAACAUGCCUGAACCUCAGCUACUCCUUGUUUGAAAGUUCAGCAUUUCAAGUUAAGUUCAUUUUCCUUCAGGGCACUUGGGUUGAAUUCAUUAAGUUUCCGCUGAAGCACCCAGAGGGCACUUUCCCUGCUUACAGGGAACUAACUGGAGAUGUUUCCAGAUCAGCCCAAGUUUGCUCUAGGAAGUGGCUGAGGCACAGAGCCUCUGAGAGAGGCUACGGAUGAGGACAGAGAUGGUGGGAUAGGCUUUGGUACAUCUCCACCUCUCCCUUCCUCUCACUCCCCACCGUCUCCCUCAGGUGGGGAGGUGAAGCACAUAGGUUAGUUGCCAUGGUGUGUUCAUGUGGAAGAAACUAAUUUGGGGCUCCAGCCAGGAAAGUGGACAAGCCUAGCGUCCUGUUUGAGGGGACAUGGCAAAUGCAAUACUACAGUACACUGGAUUCCACUGUGUUCACGCAGGGAUUGGCUUUACUGCUUUGUAAAUAAAAGGAAAAACUCUAGGCAUAUGUACAGAUUUUUUUUUCCCCACUAUGGACGCUUUCUUUGCUUUUCCUGGGCCUUGGGGGAGGCGGGGAGAAGUGCUCUUUUUCUCUCUGUGGGGUCUACCAUUGAAAACAUGACCCUACAGUCCCAGAAGGAAUUCAGUCCCUGCUGGCUCUCUCAUCCCAAGGUCUUUUCUUCACUCUGCUGUUCUGCCACUUCACGCCCACCGGACAACCGGGGACAAGAUGUGACACAGGAGCAUUUAGCUUAAGUAGGAGCAGAGAACAUGUAUCUAACCUUAACGUACCUGGAACUUGACACAUUUAAGCAAAUUCCUCUCCCCUACCUUCCGGUUGCCCCCAGCGCAGUGAAACUUGGAUGUCUCACCAGCUCGGUGCCCUCUGAAUUUCGAGGCAGACACUCUGGAGCCCUAUCACCCUGUGCCUGAGACCGUUCUCUGCGUCACUCAUGGUCUCCUCAGUUCUGAGAAAACAACCAUAUUCUGGAGCCUGGGCACUAUGCUUUGCAUAAACAAGCAGUUUCCUCAUGGUAUGUAUGUGUUGGUAGUCCUGAAAGCUCCACUGAGGGGGUAAAUGCAAUUGACCUAGAACAAUCGUUACCAAAUAGAAUUUUAAAAAGAGGUGGCCAACUCCUAUGGAGCUUAAUCACUUACUACUAUGCUUUCAAGAAUGGAAAGUAAAAUAAUUUUUGACUGAAGAAAAAUGAAGAAAUUGAAAUUUACACAAAACAAGCAACUUUUUCUGUAACGUGCCUCCAGAAAAAUAGAAUUUCCUGGGGAAAUGAUAACAGUGACUAAUGCCAAAUAUCUAAGCUUUCAGUUGGGUCCUGGCCUUCACAGAAAAAAUAAUGAAUGGGGUCAGGAUGAUUCAGCCUGAGAGCUCAAAAUGAUCAUGAAACACAACUUUGUCAGAGACACCCAUGUUUUCUGAAUACGCUGCAAGUGCAGUUUGAAAGAGGCAGCUAUGGGAGCAGCCUAUAAAGAACAAAACUGUGGAAUACUCAAGCGUCACAUGGCAAUAAAAUAGGUGAAAUCUGAGGAGUCAGGUUCGCCCUCUAGUCCUGAAGGUUUUUAAGCCUCAUUCCAAGGUUUAGUCGCAUUUCCGUUGCCUUUUGCUCCUGUGCCAUCACGUACCAACAGUCAGGAGCGGGUGAGAGAGCCAUUGGACUAUAAAGCUGGAAGGAAGCUUAGAAAUGAUGCCGGGAGGGCAGGAAAUUUAUCAGAUAAUUUUUCUCUAUUUCAAAGAAAUUGGGCCAGGUCCUUUUCCUCCCUUUUCUUCUCCAGGGUCAAGUUGACUACUUGGCCCUGUCUGAACAUUGCACCAAACCCACUACCUAUCUUUCCAGUGGAAUUAUGAAGGCACUGGCAGAAAUGGCCUUUGAGAUACAGGGAAGACUAAAAUUUCAUUUAUUUACUUUUGAUAGUGUGAUAAUUUAUAAAACAGGUUGAGAUAACCUGUAACCUCAGAAUGAGAUCAGAUUUAAAUUUAUGGCAAUAAGCACUAUUGAUCCUUCCUAUUCUGUUUGCAACUGCAAUAUAUCCAUUCACUGAAACCAUUCGCUAGGUACCAACCGAGUGUCAGGCACUGCGGAUGUACAGAUCAGUCAAACGUUGUCUGUCCUUAUGGAGUUCACAGUAGCAGUAGAGGAAGGCAUA